AUGGCUGAAGCGCACAUCAAUGCACUUGAUUCUAAGAUCGUGGAUGGCUCGAAGUAUCUACUGGCCGGACCGAAGCCAACGGGCCUUGAGAUUGCACGCAUUGUGCACAGACUCUAUCCGGACUCUGGAGCAUUGAUUUCCGAGGAUUUCCAGGGUGUCUCGUUCCCAGUUGAUGUGACUAAGGCGGAGACCGAGCUAGGGAUUCAAUGUUGGUCAUUUGAGGAGAUGAUUCGGGAUCUGAUGGACCAGCAGCUCGGGUUCGAAUAA